GGCUGGCUGCGUGGCGCGCGACUUCUUCCCGGCAGCCAGAGCCGGCGCGGCUGCCAAGAGCCAGGCGGAAGGCCCCGAAGAAGCAGCGGCGGCAGCUCCGUAGCUCGCGCUCUAAGCCUCCCGCUCCGCCGCAUCCCCAGCGAGUUCCUUCUCCUGACUGCUCCGUCCUCCUCUCGGCGGGCGGGCCUGAACCCUCCACCCCAGCCCCCUCCUGAAGCAGCAGCCGCCGCAACCUGCGCCUGGCUCUCGCGCUUGCCUGUGCCAGGCUCCGGCUCCGAGUGACGCCGCGCGGUGGUGGCUGUUGCCGCUUACGGUGACGGAAUAGGGGCCCCAGCAACAGAAGCGGCGGCUCCCGGGAGCGCACAAGAGGACCGCGCGCUGCCUGCCUGCGCCCUGCCUGCUCGCCCGCCCCCGUCUCCCCGCCCCCCGGCCGGCUCGGAGUGCGGCGCGGCUCCGCUGGGAGCCUCCGCCUCCUCCUCCUCCUCCUCCUCCUGCCCCCACCCUCGCCUCGGCGAUGUCCGCGAGGGGCAUGGAGUUGGCCGAAGCCUAUAAAAGCCCCUGACAAGCACCCGGGCUGCGCCGCCACCUCCGGGCAAGCAAGCACGAACCGAGCAAGAGACCGGCACAGCGCCAGCCACAGCCGCGGAGCCCAGGCACAGCUGAACCAUCACCACCAUGUCCCAUCAGUGGGGCUACGGCCAGGACAACGGACCUGCACACUGGCAUAAGGAUUGCCCCAUCGCCAAUGGAGAACGGCAGUCACCAAUUGACAUCCAGCACACUUUGGCCAAGUAUGACUCCUCACUGAAACCCCUGGACAUCACUUAUGACCCAUCUGCAGCCAAAAGCAUUGUCAACAAUGGGCACUCCUUCAAUGUAGAGUUUGAUGACUCUGCUGAUAAAUGCGUGCUGGAAGGUGGCCCACUUGAGGGAACAUACAAACUGAUUCAGUUCCACAUUCAUUGGGGAUCUUGUGAAGGCCAAGGAUCUGAACACACUGUGGAUGGUGUGAAAUAUGAUGCUGAGCUUCAUUUAGUUCACUGGAACACUAAGUAUGAGAGUUUUGGUGAAGCUGUGAAGCAUCCUGAUGGCUUGGCAGUCGUGGGUGUAUUUUUGAAGGUAGGAAGUGCCUGUCCUGGAAUACAGAAAGUUGUUGAUGCACUUGACUCCAUUCAACACAAGGGCAAACGGGCUGCCUUCACAAACUUUGAUCCCAUGGGCCUGCUUCCUGCAUCCCGCCACUUCUGGACCUAUCUAGGAUCUCUGACCACUCCCCCUUUGCUUGAAUGUGUCACCUGGAUUGUUCUGAAGGACAUUGUGCAUGUCAGCAAGGAACAGAUGGACAAAAUACGCUCCCUUUGCUUCAAUGAUGAGAAUGAGCCCCAGUGCGCCAUGGUUGACAACUGGCGUCCAUGCCAGCCACUGAAGAGCAGGGAAGUUAGAGCCUCAUUCAUAAGCUGAGCCCAUUAAAUGUUGCUGUGUUCAUGAGAGUUGAGUUCUUUCCGCUAAGCACAAAUCAAACUACUGCCAUACAUGCACUGGCAACAUCUCUUUUUUCCUAAUGCUCUCUUUUUCAUCCUAUCAGCUUGUGAAGUUCUUACUAACAAAAUGUGAAUGGCCAUAGACCAAGAGAAAAGCAUUUAUAAGCAGUGUGGGUGUGUGCGCAGUGUGUUUGCAGAGUAAUGGGGAGGGGAGCAGAAUCAUGGUAUGACGCCUGAUGAGAAUUGCUGUGAUUGGUGCUGGUGUUAUUAAUAGGAUUUCUUCCUUUGGCUAGUUGUCAAAGGGUAGGAUGAUAAGCAGCAGAAAAAUAAGCCAUUUUUAAAAAGUAACCUCAUAGAACAUAUGAUAUUACCUUGCACUCAAUAACUUGAAUCUUUCAUGGAAGCACAGGAAUGCAGUCUAACAGCACAGUCCUAUGUAUGUUUACUCAGAAGUUAGUCCCAUUGUAUUCAGUGGCGUCUACUCCCAGGUAAAUAUGCUUAGGAUUGCAGGCUAAUAUGGACAUUUAAAAUCUGAUUUAGGAUAUUAUCUUGUAUCAGCAUAGGCAUUAAAAUGCAAAAUUAUUAUUGAGGAUUACAUGUCUUAGCUUUUAAAAAGUUUGAAGUGUAAAUAUUUUAAUUGUUUUACAAUUUUAGCCAUAAAUCUGAAUCAUGUCUUAAUGCUAGUGUAUUUUUUUAAUUAUACAAUGUCUGUUAACUUAAAUUAAGAACUGUUAUUAUGUGUAAAAAUUGAUACCAUAGAUAUAAUGCAGAGUAUUAUUCCAUUUAAAGAUGUCAUAAUUUAAAUAAAUUAAUAUUGUAUUUUAGAUACAUUCUCUAAUAAAAAAAUAUAUAUUUAUGUUUAUGUUUCUAGCUUCUUAUUGCAAUGGAAGGGGAAAUAAAUUAUACAUUCAUGUGUGUACAAUUUAUUGCAAUACAAAAAUAAAAUUCUUGAAAUUUC